GGGAAGAUGCCGGGAAAGCUGAAGGUCAAGAUCGUGGCGGGGCGGCACCUGCCUGUCAUGGACCGAGCCAGUGACUUGACGGACGCCUUCGUGGAGGUAAAGUUCGGAAAUACCACAUUUAAGACAGAUGUCUAUCCCAAAUCUCUCAAUCCUCAGUGGAACUCAGAGUGGUUUAAAUUUGAGGUGGAUGACGAAGAUCUACAGGACGAGCCUCUGCAGAUAACUGUCCUUGAUCAUGACACUUACAGCGCUAAUGAUGCUAUUGGAAAAGUUUACAUUGAUAUCGAUCCUCUUCUCUACAGCGAAGCAGCUACGGUUAUUUCUGGCUGGUUUCCAAUUUAUGACACAAUACACGGUAUACGUGGGGAGAUCAAUGUGAUGGUGAAGGUAGACCUUUUUAAUGAUUUAAACCGUUUUAGACAAUCGUCAUGUGGAGUAAAAUUUUUCUGCACUACGUCUAUUCCGAAGUGCUAUAAAGCCGUAAUUAUUCAUGGAUUUGUAGAAGAACUCGUAGUUAAUGAAGAUCCAGAAUAUCAGUGGAUAGACCGAAUCCGUACACCAAGAGCAUCAAAUGAAGCCAGGCAAAGACUUAUUUCAUUAAUGUCAGGGGAACUGCAAAGGAAGAUUGGCCUGAAGGUCCUUGAAAUGAGAGGCAAUGCAGUGGUUGGCUACUUGCAGUGUUUUGAUCUGGAGGGAGAAUCUGGCCUAGUAGUGCGAGCCAUUGGGACAGCCUGUACCUUGGACAAAUUAAGUAACACACCUGUAUUCUUACCUGCAUGUAAUUCCCCAUCCAAGGACAUAAAGGAGAUUCCUUUCAAUGAAGACCCCAACCCCAAUCCUCAUUCAUCAGGACCCUCCACCCCUCUGAAAAACCAAAUCUAUUCCUUUUCACCUUCCAAGUCCUACAGUCGACAGUCCUCCUCUUCUGACACCGAUUUGAGUUUGACACCCAAAACGGCACUUCCCCUGUGGGGACCCAAGAUUUGCCUGCUUCCCAGUUCCCCAACCUUAUCUUGUCGUUCCCCACCACUUACAAAGCCCCGUCUUCUCUGCUCCGAAUCUAGCUCUAUCCCUCUUCACCCUAGCCCAGUUCUCAGGAAAAGUAUUUCUUUCACUGAAGAGCUACUUCUGGCUGCUUCCGGAAUGGGAAGUGGUAGUGCUGGAAAAGAAGGGGGGCCUUUAAAAGCUCUGUUAAGACAACAAACUCAGUCAGCUCUGGAGCAAAGGGAAUUUCCUUUUUUCACUUUGACGACGUUUCCUCCGGGCUUCCUUCUCCACGUGGGUGGGGUCGUCAGCGCCCGCUCUGUGAAGCUCUUGGAUCGUAUCCACAAUCCAGAUGACCCGGAAACACGGGAUGCCUGGUGGGCGGAAGUUCGUCAAGAAAUCAAAUCCCAUGCAAAGGCAUUGGGCUGUCAUGCUGUAGUGGGCUACAGUGAAUCAACUAGCAUUUGUGAGGAGGUCUGUAUUUUGUCUGCCUCGGGCACAGCCGCUGUGCUGAAUCCCAAGUUCCUCCAGGAUGGAAACAUGGAAGUCUGUUUGGAACCAAGGUUGUCAUGGCAGCCUGGCUACUUUUCCAUAGGGUCAGAGAAGGGAGAGGUUGAGUUUUUUCCUCAAAACCAAGAUAGUUCUUCUCUAUUAGGGCUAGAAGAAUCCUUACCUCUCGGUUGUAGCAUCUGCCACAUCCCCUACGAUGAGCUCAACAUGCCAUUCCCGGCCCGCCUCGCUUACUGCUGCAGCUGCAGGAAGCAGAAAGUGCCCGAUGUCCUUUUCACGACGAUAGACUUGCCUGUGGACGCCGUCGUGUUUGGAAAAGGAUGCCUCAUCCAAGCCAGGCUAUGCCGGCUGAAAAAGAAGGCCCAAGCCGAAGCCAACGCAACCUGCAUCAGCAAUCUGCUGCCAUUUAUGGAGUAUGAAGUACACACUCAGUUGAUGAAUAAGCUGAAGCUGAGAGGGAUGAACGCCCUCUUUGGCCUACGAAUACAGAUCACGGUGGGAGAAACGAUGUUGAUGGGGAUGGCGUCUGCUACAGGGGUUUAUCUGGCUGCUUUACCUACUCCUGGUGGUAUUCAGAUUUCUGGAAAAACCCCCAGUGAUGCCACUUAUGAACAGCAUAUCUCUCAUGUGCAGAAGAAAAUCAAUGACACCAUCGCCAGAAAUAAAGAGCUGUAUGAGAUUAACCCUCCGGAGACAUCUGAAGAAAUUAUAGGUUCUCCCAUUCCAGAACCGAAACACCGGACCAGGUUGCUAAGAUCUCAGUCUGAAAGCUCUGACGACAUUGCAGAACUGGAUCUGUCUCAUGGCAAGAAAGACGCCUUUGUGUUGGAGAUUGAUGAUACGGAUGCAAUGGAAGACGUUCACUCUCUGUUGACCGAUAUUCCUCCACCCUCAGGCUUUUAUAGCUGCAACACAGAAAUUAUGCCCGGAAUAAACAACUGGACUUCUGAUAUACAGAUGUUUACGUCUGUAAGAGUCUCCAGACUUAGCAAUGUUACCCUCACAAACCAAACUCUCAACAAGACCUUUAAUGACCUCUGUGAGAAUCUACUAAAAAGCCUUUAUUUUAAGCUCCGUUCGAUGAUCCCUUGUUGUCUGUGCCACGUCAAUUUUACUGUUGCUCUUCCAGAAGAUGAAUUAAUUCAGGUCACCGUUACGGCUGUUGCAAUAACCUUUGACAAAUACCAGGCUUUGCAAACAGCUAAAGCUGUAGAAAAAAACCCACAAAGAGCUUCCACAGACAAUGAAGAACAGCUGCAAUUUCCAUUGGAGCUUUCUUCCGAUCCUCAUAUGCCUCAGCAAUUCUCACCGGCUAAAGAGGACCUGGAGAAUGCAAGUUCCCACGCAGGUAUAGCAGCUGGUCAAAGAGCCACUUCAGUUGAUUACAGUUCCUUUGCAGACAGAUGCAACAGCUGGAUAGAAUUCAUUAAACUGAAAGCUCAAACCAUAAGGCGUGGAUCAAUUAAGACAACCAUCUCCCUUGACAAGCCAAGUCCGCUGACCGAAGGACUGUGCCGUAACCACCUGGGACCCACAGGAAUGAACUCCACUGUGCCCGUUGUGAAGAUGACGCCGCUUUCUUUCAUCCCCGGGGCAAAAAUAACGAAAUACCUUGGAAUCAUCAACAUGUUCUUCAUUCGAGAAACCACUUCUUUGCGAGAGGAAGGUGGAGUGAGUGGGUUCCUGCAUGCAUUUGUGGCUGAGGUUUUUGCGAUGGUCCGAGCUCACGUGGCAGCCCUUGGGGGAAAUGCUGUGGUCUCCUACAUCAUGAAGCAAUGUGUGUUUAUGGAGAACCCAAACAAAAACCAGGCCCAGUGUCUAAUAAAUGUCAGUGGAGAUGCAGUCAUUUUUAUUCGUGAAUCUGAAAUAGAUGGGGUGCCUGCCCAGUUUUCUGCUGUGGGUUCCACAAAAGAAACAACAUGAAGAACGGAGAUGUCUUCAUUCGUGUGGCCAUAUUUCCAAAGGCUCCGGUGACCAGGUUUUGUUUCUUAACGCUCCGUAUAUGAAGGACUGCUCCAUUUUGAACCAGCUUAAAACAUCUUUCCCCAUUUCAUAAGAUUCACCUCAUAGCUCUCUGGGCAGAUGAAAGAACAUCUGGGCAGAAGAAAGAAACGGACCAUCUAUUGUUCUUCAGGUUCCUCAGGAUAUUGCCCUGCAUUUUACGAUGCAACCUUAGAAGCACUCCCAGAUGCUAAUUCUUUGAUAAGGCGGGGGGGGGGAGGGGAAUAUUUAUAUUGAAACUGGAAUAACUGGGAAAGCUAAAUCUACAUUUUCCAUAAAGGAAGAACUGGCGUUACCAUUGCCAGAUGCGCACCAUGCACCAGAGAACUUACCUGUUGGAAUAAGCGAGACGAAUAAGCAUCCUAAACUGGAUUUUGUGGCGUGUUUGUUCCUUUGUUUUCACAUGAGCGAGCUAUGAACUAUUUUUCUAUUGUAAAAUAGAUUGCAGUAUUGAUUAUGAUGAACUAGCCAACGCACAAAUGAUUGCUAUAGCCUGUCUUUGGAACUGCGGGACACGGGAACAAUAUUUCUCAAGGCGCUGAAACCCCAGCUGCGUUGGAAGAGAAGAUCAGGAUUUCUGACCUCGUCGGGUUGUAAAUGCUACCGAAAUGGAGAAACCACAGAGGCCACCAAACGCCACCACCCUUCGCUAAGCAGCACUCGGCUUUGGUACUCAAGACAGGGCUUGUGGUAAAUAAAAUUAGAGUUUCAGAUAACCCUGGAUGGAUGAAAAAAGAAAAUGAAAAAAAGAAAAAAAAAUCUUAAGAAAUGUCUGACAGUGAUUCCAUCCCUAAAGAGGCACUUUGAAAAAUAGGGGAGAAAUUUUCAUCCAGCCAUAGAUGUUUUGAGUGGCGAUAGAACAACAGUCACCCAACAGAGAAAGAAGCCACUUAAAAAUGGUUUCCUUGGUUCAGUUUCAACUGAUAUUCUGUUGACAGAAUAUCCAUCAGAUCUUCUCCAGAUGUUCAUCCUCCCUCACCAAACAUAUUCUUGAGUUAAGAAGAGUCAAGCUGAAAUGUUCUGGCGGCUUCCAAUAUGGAACUUGAAGUACAUAUGUAAACUUGAAUGUAAAUACGUGAGAAUUUAUUGGGUUAAAUUGCAGAAACUUCUAGAUUAUUUGUCCAAUUCAGAGAUUUCUUUGUAAGGAGAGUGUGAACAUCACAUUCCUAUGUACAUAAUAAAGCUUCUUUAUAUAAAUGU